AUGACAACGGAGAGCAGCAGGAGACUCAGGGAGCAGCAGCAGCAGCAGCAGCAGCAGCGACAGCCGCAGCAGCAACAAGUAGAGGAGAAAGACGACGAGAAGCAGCAGGAGGACACAGACCAGCAGCAGCAACCGCAGCAGCAGCAGCAGCAGCAGCAGCACAGGAAGCAGAAGCAGCGGCAGCAACGCAAGCCUGGUGGGCCGCCGAAGCUAAAGGGUCGGCUGCCAGCAGCCGCUCAGACCCCAUAG